AAGAAGGGAAAGAUCUUCGGAGUCGCAGUUGGAACAUUCGCAGUCGCAGCUAUGUGAGGCUAUCAGUUUGGCUGGCAUACGACAUGAAGUAGUGUACAUAUUUCUUCAGGGCAGGGCGAGGCGGGGUCGUGCUCCAAUCGCGAGAGCCGCGAACUACGCGUGUGCGCUGUGUACUCGAUCCAACUCAAUCUAGGAAUCUCCAUGGAUUCCGUCGCGGUCGUGGCGGUGCCGUUCCCGGCGCAGGGCCACCUGAACCAGCUCCUGCAUCUGGCCCUGCAUCUCGCGGCGCGCGGGCUGCCCGUGCACUACGCGGCGCCGGCGCCGCACGUCCGCCAGGCCCGCGCGCGCGUGCACGGGUGGGAUCCGCGCGCCCUCCUCCCCGUCCGGUUCCACGACCUCGACCUCCCCGCGUACGAGCGCCCGCCGCCCGACCCCGCCGUCCCCACGUCCUUCCCGUCCCACCUGAUGCCCAUGCUCGACGCCUUCGUCGCCCACGCGCGGGACCCGCUCGCCAGGCUCCUCGGGAGCCUCUCCGCCCGCCACCGCCGCGUCGUCGUCGUGUACGACCGCCUGAGCUCCUUCGCCUCGGCCGAGGCUGGGCGCCUGCCCAACGGCGAGGCCUUCUGCAUGCAGUGCGUGGCCAUGUCGUACAACGUCGCGUUCAAGGACGCCGGGCACCGGCUCCUGCGCGACCACGGCAUGGACUUCCACCCCGCCGACGCGUGCAUGUCCAAGGAGUUCAUGGAGUACAUCGCGAGGACGUGGCAUGACGGGCAGGGAGCGGCGGUCGGCGGCAUGGUCAUCAACACGUGUCGUGCGCUGGAGGGCGAGUUCAUCGACGUGGAAGCCCAGAGCCCGGAGUACAGCGGCCAGAAGAUCUUCGCCAUCGGGCCACUGAACCCACUCCUCGACGCGAGCGCGAGGGCGCCGGGGGAGGCGCGGCACGGGUGCCUUGACUGGCUCGAUAGACAACCGCCGGCGUCGGUGUUGUACGUAUCGUUCGGCACCACGUCCUCGCUGCUCGCCGAGCAAGUCGCGGAGAUCGCCGCGGCGCUGCGUGACAGCAAGCAGCGGUUCAUCUGGGUGCUGCGAGACGCCGACCGCGGCGUCAACGACGUACACGAGGAAAGCACUGACGGCCAACACGCCAAGUUGCUGUCGAAAUUUACCAGGCAAACCGAGGGGACGGGGCUCGUGAUCACCGGAUGGGCACCGCAGCUGGAGAUCCUGGCGCACGGCGCAACGGCGGCGUUCAUGAGCCACUGCGGCUGGAACUCGACCAUGGAGAGCCUGAGCCAUGGCAAGCCGAUUCUGGCCUGGCCCAUGCACUCGGACCAGCCGUGGGACGCGGAGUUUGUCUGCAAGUACCUCAAGGCCGGUCUCCUCGUGCGGCCCUUGGAGCAGCGCAGCACAGUGGUGCCGUCGGAGGUCAUCGGCGAGGUCAUCGAGAAGGCGAUGGUAUCCGGCGAAGGAUUGCAAGCGAGGGAGCGGGCAAACGCGCUGGGCGUGUCCAUCCGCGCCUCGGUGGCCGAGGGCGGGUCGUCGCACUUAGACCUCCAGAAAUUCAUCGCUCAUAUUGCGAGAUGAAGCAGGGGGACUAAUCUUAUCUUAUCUUACCUACUAACUAGUAAACGUGUACGUGCAACGCACGUAUACACUUGAAAGAUAUAUUUCCUCAUUCAUCCUAGUUAAGAGUCACUUAUUCAAAUAAAAAAUUUAUAAGAA